GUGUCCCGCUCUUCACCUGCCACCGGCUUCCCCUCCCCCAGCCCUCCUUUCUCGGGGUUCUGCCUUCGAUCCACCUUUUCCACGUGCCCCACAACUCCGACGCCCCCACCCCCACGGACCCCCUAAAUCUCCUCCAGUCUCGAGGAGUCUCGCGGCAUUUCCCGGGGCGUGAGCCGAGCCUAGGCGGAUAGGGGGCGACCCUCUGCGGAGCUCCAGCCGGGACAGAGCCAGAGGUGAGGGGGGCGGCCGAGCCCCGCAGACAGAGGACGAGCCCCAGAGUCGGGCUGGACACUGCUCGGGCCCCGCCCCUCGACCCCGCCCCCGCCUGGCGGCCGCGCCUCUCGGGCGGGCGGAGCCGCUGAGCUUCGCCGCGGCGGGGAGGAGGGGAGAGCAGGCUCCGAGGCGGCUGCAGGGCACUGGGCUGGGCGGUGCUUUUUUUCUUUUCUUUUCUUUUCUUUCUUUCUUUUUUUUUCUUCUUCUUCUUCUUUUUUUUUUUUUUUCGCAAUUUCCACUCGCAGAGAGCAGGAAACCCGGAGCAGCCGGGUGCAGUGGGGCCGCGAUGCAGCAGCAGCAGCAGCAGGAGUCGCCCCAGGGUAGCAGCGGCAGCAGCAGCAGAGGCAGUAGCGGGCGGCGCUGAGCUGCCACCACCGCCGCUGAGGACGAAGCCGGCCCAGCAGCAGCCGCGUCCCGACGCUCGCGCCCCCGAUCCCUGCGCCGCGACCUCGGCGCUCCGAACCCAACGCCCGGUUCCGCCAACUUUCACGCUGCUUCGGCGGCUCGGCUCGUCUUGGCGCCAAUGGUGGAGGCCAUAGUGGAGUUUGAUUACCAGGCCCAGCAUGAUGAUGAGCUGACAAUCAGCGUGGGUGAGGUCAUCACCAACAUCAGGAAGGAGGAUGGAGGCUGGUGGGAGGGACAGAUCAACGGCAGGAGAGGUUUGUUCCCUGACAACUUUGUAAGAGAAAUAAAGAAAGAUAUGAAGAAAGAUCUUCUCUCUAACAAAGCUCCAGAGAAACCCAUGCACGAUGUAUCCAGUGGAAACGCUCUGCUUUCUUCUGAAACCAUUUUAAGAACCAAUAAACGAGGAGAACGACGGAGACGCCGAUGCCAGGUGGCAUUCAGCUACCUGCCCCAGAAUGACGAUGAGCUGGAGCUGAAAGUCGGGGACAUCAUAGAGGUUGUAGGAGAGGUAGAGGAAGGAUGGUGGGAAGGUGUGCUCAAUGGGAAGACUGGAAUGUUUCCUUCCAACUUCAUCAAGGAGCUGUCAGGGGAGUCGGAUGAGCUUGGCAUCUCCCAGGAUGAGCAGCUUUCCAAGUCAAGAAAGACUACCUUUGAAGGGACAAUUCUGUACCGAGCCGCACCGGGAAAGACGGAGGGCCACAGACGCUAUUACAGCUUAAGAGAAACCACAGGCUCCGAGAGUGAUGGAGGCGACUCCAGCAGUACCAAGUCCGAAGGUGCCAACGGGACCAUGGCAACUGCAGCCAUCCAGCCCAAGAAAGUUAAAGGAGUGGGGUUUGGAGACAUUUUCAAAGACAAGCCAAUUAAACUAAGACCAAGGUCGAUUGAAGUGGAAAAUGACUUCCUGCCCGUCGAAAAGACAAUUGGGAAGAAGUUACCUCCAGCUACAUCAACUCCAGACCCAUCGAAGACGGAGAUGGACAGCAGGACAAAGACCAAGGAUUACUGCAAAGUAAUAUUUCCAUAUGAGGCACAGAAUGAUGAUGAAUUGACAAUCAAGGAAGGAGAUAUAGUGACUCUCAUCAAUAAGGACUGCAUCGACGUAGGCUGGUGGGAAGGAGAACUCAAUGGCAGACGAGGCGUGUUUCCUGACAACUUCGUGAAGUUACUUCCAUCGGACUUUGACAAGGAAGGGAAUAGACCCAAGAAACCGCCACCUCCAUCAGCUCCUGUCGUCAAACAAGGGGCAGGUACCACAGAGAGAAAACAUGAAAUUAAAAAAAUACCUCCUGAAAGACCAGAAACCCUUCCAAACAGAACAGAAGAGAAAGAAAGACCAGAGAGAGAGCCAAAACUGGAUUUACAGAAGCCUUCAGUUCCUGCCAUCCCACCAAAAAAGCCUCGGCCACCUAAGACCAAUUCUCUGAACAGACCUGGUGCAUUGCCCCCAAGAAGACCUGAGCGACCAGUGGGCCCACUGACACACACCAGGGGUGACAGUCCAAAGAUUGACUUGGCAGGCAGCGCACUCUCUGGCAUCCUGGAUAAGGACCUCUCAGACCGCAGCAAUGAUAUUGACUUAGAAGGUUUUGACUCUGUGAUAUCAUCUACUGAGAAACUCAGCCACCCAACCACAAGCAGACCAAAAGCUACAGGAAGACGGCCUCCAUCCCAGUCACUCACAUCUUCUUCCCUUUCAAGCCCCGAUAUCUUUGACUCCCCAAGUCCCGAAGAAGAUAAAGAGGAACACAUUUCGCUUGCGCACAGAGGAAUAGACGUGUCAAAGAAGACUUCCAAGACUGUUACCAUAUCCCAAGUGUCUGAUAACAAGACAUCCCUGCCACCCAAGCCAGGGACCAUGGCAGCUGCCAGCAGUGGGCCAGCUUCUCUCUCUUCAGUGGCAUCCUCACCCAUGUCAUCCUCUUUGGGAACAGCUGGACAGAGAGCCAGUUCUCCAUCUCUGUUCAGCACAGAAGGAAAGCCAAAGAUGGAGCCAGCAGUGAGCAGCCAGGCUGCUAUCGAGGAGCUUAAGAUGCAAGUCCGUGAGCUGAGGACCAUCAUUGAGACCAUGAAGGACCAGCAGAAACGUGAGAUUAAGCAGUUACUGUCAGAAUUGGAUGAAGAGAAAAAGAUCCGGCUCCGGUUGCAGAUGGAAGUGAACGACAUAAAGAAAGCUCUUCAAUCAAAGUGAUUACUUGAUAAUUGAGACAUCACAUUAUUCAUCCUGUGUCCAAGACUCAGAUAUUCUGCCCCAGUCAAAAUCAUCUUGUGCCAAAAAAUUAGAGGUUUGAUUCAUCGUGUCCCUGUUUGAACGUUUAGCACAAAAGUCUUAAUAGCACAACACAAAUUCCAUCCAAGAGGAGACUCUUUCCCAUGGUGUUGUCCUGGGUCUGGCAGUGGUUGUGAUUUAUAGCCAAUUGUGCUAAAGGAUUUUUCUACCUUGAGAUCUCCCGAGAAAUGAAAACUCAGGCAGUUUAGUCCAUAGUAGUACUAUUUUGAUGAUAUUUUCCAUUAACAAAAUGUAAUUUCAGAUUAUUCGUUUAUAGGCUUUAUAAUUUUAUGGUUUUUUUUUAAAAUCGUGUUUUGUCACAGAUGCCCCUAGUGUUUGUGCUAACCUAGUCAGAAGCAAGUGUCUCACUCACUUGCUGCAGAUGGAACAAAUGCCGCCUGGCUUUGUAUUCCCCUUUAGGAUUCUAUUACAUAUGCAAUUUGAGGUCUAACUUGUCCCUUUCCCUGCCAGCCAACCCCCACCACUCUAAGAGAAAUUUUAGCUUAUAUAUGACGGUAUAUUUGCAAAAAGAGAAAGAAAAAUCUGGUAUUUGCAAUGAUCUGUGCCUUCUUUCUACCACCCUCUUGAUUGGAGCUUUUGUGAUGCAGCUACCAUGAUUCCAAAUAAGUAAAAAUCAGCCACUUCUCCCUGUCCACUAGAGGUCGCUGUCUUCACAGCUUCUCUCACCCUAGCCAAAGGUCCUAAGAGGAGACCCGCUGUGAAGUCUGGCCUGCUCUUUGGUACCAGCUGUGACUUUUCAGUUUCUCCUGCUUUGAGGUUGUUCACGAAACUAGAAAUGUCAUUCCAGCUUGAUUGUUUUAUCAUCAGCCAAGUUAAACCCCUGCUUCCUGCCUUUUACACCUAUUGCGUGAACAGAAUAUGCAUUAUUAAAGCAAAAAUAAAUAAAAAAUAAAAUGCAAGUGAAAACAGGGGGGGAAUUGGAUUAUUUCCUGCACUGGGUUGUGCGUGUGUGUGUGUGUGCGCGUGUAUGUGCGUGUGUGUGCGCGUGUGUGUUAUUGUUUAAAUUGUAUUCACAGUGUUGUUUGCCUUGCUCACUUGUAACCCCCUCCUCGGAUCUAGGAGAAUGGGAGGAGGGUCUCGUGGAAAUGUAGCUAUUGGAUCUUUCCUGCACUUAUGGAAAUGCUUUGUCUUUCCCAAUGAAACUGAUGUUUGCUUGUCUGCUUUCUCUUUAUAGUACAUGAACAGUUCAGCCUUAGACUAUGUAACUGUUUUCUUAUCUUUAGCUGAAAAUGGGGGGAGGGCAUUCUGUACUGCAAGAUUGUUGAUGGGGUAGAGGUGGAGGAGUGGUCCCUUAAUGAUCCCCCAAAUAUGUGUGUGAUGUGUUUCUAAACUGCUGCUUUGUCUAUUUCCUGCAUUUUAUAGUGAAACUACUAAACAUAAAUAGAUUUUCACUACCACAAAGAAUGAGAAUUAAUGACACUGAAGGAAUGAUGCAAAAACUUCCCAUGAUUCAUCACUGAAAAUAUGACUAAUAAAUGUCUCUUCCUUUUUCUUCCUGUCUCCAUCCCCAUGCCUUGUUCUAACUUGCAUACUUGUCCUUUCUGCUCGAAGCUGUCACUUCCUUCUAAGGAUUUACAGAGGCCUAGGGCCCUAACCUUCAGGGGUGGGGACACAAUUAAAGGAAGGGAAUGUAUAAAGAAAUUAUUCUUCAUUCCAAUAUAUGAAGAUACUUGCCUUUUCAGCAGCGAUGGUCUCAGUGUGCUUGGGGCAGGAGUACAUAGUUUCUAUGAGCGAUAUAAAGAGUUCCUGUUUCCCUUCACUGGGCCUAAGCCUUUCUGCAUUACACUUGAAGCCUUCAGUCAUUUCCUACCACUUAUUACAACAGUGAGGACUGGAUUCUUGAUGUCUUAAUUUCUCAUUUAUUUGUCUAGAAAAUCCAUAAUGAUAUAGGACAUUUAUACCGAGUGAGAUCAUUAACAAUGAAAUUGAGAGAUUAGAGCAUCCUCACUGGGUGAUGGUAACAGGGAAUGUAGAGGGCUGAUAUCUUCCCCUAAGAGAGGCAUUAGGGUUAGAGAGAUGGGGAGGGAGAUAUAUAAAUGGAGAGACCGAGACACACAGAGAGAAAGACACCGAGAAAGUAAUUAUAGAGAAAUAAGCUGGUACGUCCAGCUUCAUUACUAUCCCUUGGGCUAACCAGCAAGAAGAUUGUACAUCACAGAACUGGAUGAGCCAAACAGCCACCAUCUUUACUCUUGACUAAAUGGACCUAUCAAGAAUAUUAAAAAGCUUGGAAAUACCCUAUCCACUUUUGAAAAAUUAGAAUUCCUUUGCAUUCAGCAUGGACUCAGCCAGGAAUCUAUGGAGGAUUUUUUUUUUUGCUUCAUUUUCUAAAGUUGUAUUUAGAAAUAUCUUAUGUAAUGUGCUUUGUAAAAGAAGAUGAAUUAAAAUGAAAUUUUGUGAAAAUAUUUUUGUUCAAAGUUGUCACAGUCCAAGAGGAAUGGUAUCUUGGAACACAAACCCCUUUUCUCUAUUUUACACAAUUUGAGUACUCUGUCAGAAAUAUCCUUAGAAGACAGGAAGUAAUCCAUUAAAAUCUGUGCCUGUGAAUUUGAUUUUUAAAAUUGUUCGAUUUUACAUUCCUAUCGAAGCGUAAAAUGCUAGUUAGGUACAAAUUCUUUUUUUAGUGUGAAAACCAUUAAAUUAUUAUUAUUGGAA